AUGAAGUUAUUAGGCCUUGCUUUUUGUAUUGAUAUUGGGCUCCAACUGUUUGGCCCUUUUGUUCUUACUUCAGUUGACUCUCAAAAAAUUACACUCACCAUCUCUCGUUACCGCGCUCUUGAAAGCUUGGACGGAGAAACGGGACUUUUUUGCGGUUUGAGGGAAUUCAGCGAGAGUGGGUGUUUGUCAUU